GCAUGUCUAGUUCGGUAUUGCAACUUUGCAAGUAUUUCUUGUAGUCUUCUGACAAAUCUUGUGCAUCCAUAAUUCUCGUUCUUCCAUCGACGCCAUUUUCAAAUCACACCAAAAAAACUCGAGAGUUGAAAGAGAGAAAUAUGAGUGGUCAUGAUUCCAAGUAUUUCUCCACUACGAAGAAGGGUGAAAUCCCUGAACUCAAAGAAGAGCUCAAUUCUCAGUACAAGGAUAAGAGAAAAGAUGCUGUGAAAAAGGUUAUUGCUGCAAUGACAGUUGGUAAGGAUGUCUCAUCAUUGUUCACUGAUGUUGUGAACUGCAUGCAAACAGAAAAUUUGGAGUUGAAGAAGCUAGUAUACUUGUACCUUAUCAACUAUGCUAAAAGCCAGCCAGACUUGGCAAUCCUCGCAGUCAACACAUUUGUUAAGGAUUCACAAGACCCAAAUCCUUUAAUUCGAGCUUUGGCAGUGAGAACAAUGGGUUGUAUUCGUGUAGACAAGAUUACUGAGUAUUUGUGUGAUCCCCUUCAGAGGUGCCUCAAGGAUGAUGAUCCAUAUGUUCGCAAGACAGCUGCUAUAUGCGUGGCUAAGCUCUAUGAUAUUAAUGCUGAACUAGUUGAAGAUAGGGGAUUUCUGGAUUCACUGAAAGACUUGAUAUCUGACAAUAAUCCAAUGGUAGUAGCAAAUGCUGUGGCUGCUUUGGCUGAGAUUCAGGAGAAUAGCACUAAACCCAUCUUUGAAAUCACAAGUGCUACACUUGGAAAACUCCUUACGGCCCUCAAUGAAUGCACAGAGUGGGGUCAAGUUUUUAUAUUGGAUGCCCUGUCAAGAUAUAAAGCAGCUGAUGCUCGAGAGGGGGAGAACAUUGUAGAGAGAGUCACUCCACGGCUUCAACAUGCAAAUUGUGCUGUUGUGCUUUCAGCUGUGAAGAUGAUUCUUCAGCAGAUGGAACACAUCACUAGCACCGAUAUAGUUCGAAAUCUUUGUAAAAAGAUGGCUCCACCUCUGGUAACGCUUCUUUCUGCAGAACCUGAGAUACAGUAUGUUGCUCUAAGGAAUAUCAACUUGAUUGUGCAGAAGAGGCCAACUAUUCUAGCCCAUGAAAUCAAGGUGUUUUUCUGCAAGUACAACGACCCUAUAUAUGUCAAGAUGGAGAAGUUAGAAAUCAUGAUCAAGCUUGCUUCAGACAGGAAUAUUGAUCAGGUUUUACUGGAGUUCAAAGAAUAUGCCACAGAAGUAGAUGUGGAUUUUGUUAGGAAGGCUGUGCGUGCAAUUGGCCGCUGUGCCAUCAAGUUGGAGAGAGCUGCUGAACGAUGCAUCAGUGUCUUGCUGGAGUUGAUCAAGAUCAAAGUAAAUUAUGUUGUCCAGGAGGCAAUUAUAGUCAUUAAGGAUAUAUUUAGAAGAUACCCUAAUACCUAUGAGUCCAUCAUUGCGACCCUCUGUGAGAGCUUAGACACUCUAGAUGAACCAGAGGCCAAGGCUUCGAUGAUCUGGAUCAUUGGUGAAUAUGCAGAAAGAAUUGACAAUGCAGAUGAGUUGUUGGAGAGUUUCUUAGAAAGUUUCCCUGAAGAGCCUCCUCAAGUCCAGUUGCAAUUGCUUACAGCCACUGUUAAGCUUUUUCUAAAAAAGCCUACAGAAGGACCACAGCAAAUGAUUCAGGCUGUUUUGAACAAUGCCACCGUUGAGACUGACAAUCCUGAUUUGCGUGACCGUGCUUACAUUUAUUGGCGUCUUCUUUCAACAGAUCCUGAGGCUGCUAAAGAUGUCGUGUUAGCAGAAAAGCCUGUGAUCACUGAUGAUUCAAACCAGCUUGAUUCUUCUCUUCUUGAUGAACUACUUGCAAAUAUUGCAACUCUAUCAUCUGUUUAUCACAAGCCACCAGAAUCAUUUGUAACUCGUCUCAAAACAGUAUCCCAGAGAGCUGAGGAAGAUGAUUACACUGAGGAAAGUGAAAUAGGACAUGCUGAAUCACCUGCACAUCCUGUUGAGGGUGCUGCAUCACCUUCACCAAGUUCAGCACCAAGGCAGCCUGUGGCCGCUCCAGCACCUGUUCCUGAUUUACUUGGUGAUCUAAUAGGCCUGGACAAUUCGAAUUCUCUUGUUCCAGUUGACCAGCCUGCACCAGCUGGCCCUACUUUGCCAGUUUUGUUACCUGCAGCGAAAGGUCAAGGUUUACAAAUCAGUGCAGAACUUACACGUAGAGAGGGACUAAUGUUCUACAGUAUGCUGUUUGAGAAUAAUACACAAUCAGUUCUUGAUGGAUUUAUGAUCCAGUUCAAUAAAAACACUUUUGGCCUUGCUGCUGCUGGUCCUUUGCAGGUUCCACCUUUGCAACCGGGGGCAUCAGCAAGGACUCUUCUUCCAAUGGUUCUAUUUCAAAAUGUAGCUCCCGGUGCUCCAAACACUCUUCUUCAAGUGGCAUUGAAAAAUAACCAGCAACCAGUGUGGUAUUUCAAUGAUAAAAUUUCAUUGCAUGUGCUGUUCACUGAAGACGGGAGAAUGGAACGUGCAACCUUUUUGGAGACAUGGAAAUCUCUUCCUGAUUCAAAUGAGGUUUUGAGAGAAUUCCCUGGCCUUGUAAUACACAGCGUAGAAUCAACUCUCGACAAAUUAGCAGCCUCAAACAUGUUUUUUAUAGCAAAGAGGAAAAACGCAAACCAGGAGGUGUUGUAUCUCUCAGCUAAGAUUCCUAAAGGAAUUCCAUUUUUGAUUGAAUUGACCGCAGCGGUUGGAAUUCCUGGUGUCAAAUGUGCAAUCAAGACACCAAGCCCCGAAAUGGCACCUCUCUUCUUUGAAGCACUCGAGCAUUUUCUUCAGAAUUGAAACCAUUUUCAUCUUGGUUAUCCCCGUUGAAUAUCUGUAUACUUGUAAGCACUCUUGCCAGGUUUUCGAGGGUUUAUCUUUUUUUCCCCUUAUUUUGUUGUGUUACUGCUGGUUUCUAAUUAGUUCAUAUAGUUUCCGGCUGUUUUUUGGGUUAUGCAAGUCGAAUUUAUUCUUAUGUCAUUUUCAUUGAUUUUAUUAAAGGUUGUAAUAUAAAUGUUCCAAGAAUUAAUUUCUUAUAUCAUCUGCCCCAACUAUGGAGUUUAUGUUUGAGA